GCGUGGAGGCGGAAGUGGCGUGGUCGUGGUGGGGCCUGGAGCACGGCGGCGGGACCUGGGACGGCAUUUAUACCUGCGGCAGCUGGAGGCGGCGGCGCAUUGGAGGCGGCCAUGGCAAAGCAGUAUGACUCAGUGGAGUGCCCCUUUUGUGAUGAAGUAACCAAAUAUGAAAAACUCGCCAAGAUCGGCCAAGGCACUUUUGGGGAGGUGUUUAAGGCUAAGCACCGCAAAACCGGCCAGAAGGUGGCUCUGAAGAAGGUGCUGAUGGAGAAUGAGAAAGAGGGGUUUCCCAUCACAGCUUUACGGGAAAUCAAGAUUCUCCAGCUUCUGAAACAUGAGAAUGUGGUCAAUUUGAUUGAGAUCUGUCGAACUAAAGCUUCCCCCUAUAAUCGUUGCAAGGGCAGUAUAUACCUAGUAUUUGACUUCUGUGAACAUGACCUUGCUGGGCUGCUGAGUAAUGUGUUAGUCAAGUUCACACUGUCUGAGAUCAAAAGGGUCAUGCAGAUGCUUCUCAACGGGCUGUACUACAUCCAUAGGAACAAGAUCCUGCACAGAGACAUGAAGGCAGCUAAUGUGCUCAUCACCCGAGACGGAGUCUUGAAGUUGGCCGACUUUGGGCUGGCCCGAGCCUUCAGCCUGGCCAAGAACAGCCAGCCCAACCGUUAUACCAACCGUGUGGUGACACUCUGGUACAGGCCCCCAGAACUGUUGCUUGGGGAGCGGGACUAUGGCCCCCCCAUUGACCUGUGGGGUGCAGGCUGCAUCAUGGCGGAGAUGUGGACCCGAAGCCCUAUUAUGCAAGGCAACACUGAGCAGCACCAGCUUGCCCUCAUCAGCCAGCUCUGUGGUUCCAUCACCCCUGAGGUUUGGCCAAAUGUGGACAAGUACGAACUGUUUGAGAAGCUGGAACUGCCCAAAGGCCAGAAACGGAAAGUGAAAGACAGGCUUAAGGCCUACGUGCGUGACCCCUACGCAUUGGACCUCAUUGACAAAUUGCUUGUGCUGGAUCCUGCUCAGCGCAUUGACAGUGAUGAUGCCCUCAAUCACGACUUUUUCUGGUCUGACCCCAUGCCCUCAGACCUCAAGAACAUGCUCUCCACUCACCUGACGUCCAUGUUUGAAUACCUGGCACCACCACGCCGGAAGGGCAGCCAGAUCACCCAGCAGGCCACCAACCAGAGCCGAAAUCCUACCACUACCAACCAGACAGAGUUUGAGCGUGUCUUCUGAGAGCUGGCUGCUUUCGCUUUCCAUUAGAGCUGUUUUAUUUUGCCUUCUGCUAUGUGACUUGUAUCGUGGAGAUGAUGGGGCAUUUGAGGGUUUCUCUCUAGUGCACGUUUUAAUUUCUGCUCUGGGCACAAUGAGCUGUGUAGACUGG